AUGGCCCCAAUCAUCCACUGUGUUCGCCACGCCCAGGGUUUGCACAACCUCUGCACCGAGAACCACGUUAUCCCCGAUCCUCUCCUCACAGAUCUUGGUCAUGAACAAUGCAGCAAGCUGCGUGAAAGCUUCCCGCGCCACGCAAAUAUCGACCUAGUGACCGCCUCGCCACUUCGUCGCACCAUCUACACUGCGCUGGAGAGUUUUGCGCCAGUGUUCCAGGCCAAGCCAGACCUCAAGAUCAUUGCGCUUCCCGAUACUCAGGAGACAUCAGACGUUCCCUGCGACACUGGCAGCGAGCCCGAGGCCUUAGCGUCCGAGUUCAAGAAUGGCGUGGACCUGACUCUUGUGCAGAAGGGGUGGAACAACAAGCAAUCCGGUCGCUACGAGCCAACCAACAGAGCACUGAAGGAGCGCGCCCGCGCAGCUCGCCGCUGGUUGAAAGCCCGCCCAGAGAAGGAGAUUGUGUUGGUCACGCACGGCGGAUUCCUGCACUACUUCACCGAAGACUGGGAAGACAGCAGCCAGUUCCAGGGAACCGGGUGGACCAACACCGAAUAUCGAACCUUUGCUUUCACCGAGGAAGUGCACACCGAUGACCUCGACGGAAACCCGCUGGACGGCGAUAAUGCUUCUAUAGAGGAGACUGUUGAUUCCCGGGAACGCCGCGGUAAGAAGGGUCCCAUGGCCAGCCGGGAAGAGCAGAGGAACUUGUAUAAGCUUGGUACACAGGGCUGGGAUGACCAGGGAUUGCAGAUGAGCACGGCUGAGCGUGAGGCAGCCAAGGUUGGCGGGGGUAAGGAGGUCAAUGGAGUUCGGGUAUGA